AUGCUUUUCACGUCAAUUGCCAAACUGGUGGCAUUGUUGGGACUCGCAGCAUACUCUGCUGCUGUCACAGACCCUGGUCCCAGAAAGACCUCCGUUCUCGUGGUGUUUGAUCCGGAAUUGAUCUCAACACCCCAAGACCUAGUGUCGAAAUUUUCCUUGGAUCAAGAAAGAUAUGAAUUGGGAUUUCUGGAAUACUCGAACAACCAAAUUCUUUUGGUUCACAACGAGAAACCUGUGUUUGACCACGUGGUGUACAUGCCUUCUGUUAAGAAGUCUCCUGCUGCUAAGAGUGUCACAGAAAAGCAAAAGUUACUUGAGUAUUUGAACGCAGGUGGAAACAUUCUUGCUGUUGGAUCUGUUGAAAACUCUGUUCCCGAAAGCGUUGUUAAAUUCUUGAACGAGGUGGGCAUCUAUCCUGCUCCAAAGGGCCACUCUCUCAGAAGCUUCUUCGACAAGGAAAUCUCUUUGAGUGAAGAGAACCUCGCUUCAUCAAAGAUCGUGUCUCAACUUGCUGUUCCGCUUUAUGAGGGCAGUGCCGCAUUAAUUUCUAACAGUGAGCUCUUGUUUCCGAUCGUUAAGGCUGCCAGAUUGUCCUUCUCUGCCAACUCCCAAAUUGACGCCUUGACCGGCGAUAAGACAUGGACGAACGGCGAGCAGGGUUUCUUGGCCGUAGGUUUCCAAGCUUUGAACAAUGCUAGAGCUGCUUGGGUUGGCUCGUUGGACUUGGUAUCUCAGGAACUCGUGGAAUGGGUGUUCCAGGAGAAGAAGGUCUUGAAGUUGCAAUUCACCGAGCACUAUAAACGUGACGAACCAGAGGUCAACGACAGAACUUUGUACAGAAUCAAGGACGAGGUCGCUUACUCCGUCGGUGUUUCAGAAUUGAAGAACGAUGCUUGGGUUCCUUACACCCCAGCCUCUGAGGAUGACGUCUUGCAAUUGUCAUUCAAAAUGUUGGACCCAUACCACAGAUUGAACUUGACUCUUGUCGGCGCCAAGGCCUCUUCUGAAAAUGGUCCAGUCGACACAAGCGUGUUCGCUGUUAAUUUCACCAUCCCUGAUCACCAUGGUAUGUUCACUUUCGAGUUGGACUACAUGAGAGAGGGUUUGUCUUAUCUCAGUGAUAAGAAAAUUGUUGCUGUCAGACAUUUGGCCAAUGAUGAGUACGAAAGAUCCUGGGACAUUACCAACUCUUGGGUAUACAUCACAAGUGCCGCUGUUGUCGUCGUCGCAUGGCUUUUAUUCGUCGCAAACUUCCUUUUCUUGGGAGAGGGUAGCGUGAAGAGAGUGCAAAAGGAGAAGAAGGAGGAGAAAAAGGAGUAA